GGUCGGGCAUGUUAGUUUCCGCUUCCGGUCGGUAAAGGGCAAGGACAAUGUAAACACGGGACCAGGGGAGUGGUCAUUAGGUAACUGAGGGUACUCUGACCGUGGUGGAAGCCCAGGAAGAGGAGGAAAACGAGGCUGGUGGGUCUUGUGGUUAGGGGAGAAAGGACCUUCAGAAGUCGGAGUUGAGACGCGACGGAGGUACGGCAAAGCCGGGACGCUAAGGGUUCCCACAGUACCUGGUUCCUCACAUUGCUGCUUUAGGAACAGAGUUCAUUUGGAAACUUGAAGGCAGAAUGGCUUCCUUUGGAUGGAAGAGAAGAAUUGGGGAGAAGGUCUCAAAGGUCACUUCACAGCAGUUUGAAGCCGAAGCUGCUGAUGAGAAGGAUGUAGUUGAGAAUGAAGAAGGGAGCUGGCUUCAUGCGGUUAAACGCAGGAAAGAAAGUCUUCUCGAGGGCUGUGUUGAGAAAAGUAAGCAGCUGAAGGAUGAAGGAGCCAGUUUGGUUGAAAAUAAAAGGUAUCGAGAGGCGAUUCAAAAAUGGGACGAAGCACUGCAGUUAACCCCAGAUGAUGCUACCCUGUACGAGAUGAAAUCACAGGUCCUAAUGUCUCUUCAUGAAAUGUUCCCUGCAGUGCAUGCAGCUGAAAUGGCCGUGCAGAGAAACCCACAUUCAUGGGAGUCUUGGCAAACUUUGGGACGUGCUCAGCUUGGAUUAGGAGAGAUAGUCCUGGCAAUUCGAAGUUUUCAGGUAGCCCUUCACAUCUAUCCAAUGAACCCUGAAAUAUGGAAAGAAGACCUUUCUUGGGCAAGAACACUCCAGGAGCAGCAGAAGGUAGCACAGAAGAUUAAGAAGUGUGACGCGUCAGCGGAAAUGACACAUUUCUCACCAAAGUCAAUCCCCGACUAUGACUUUGAAAGUGAUGAGAUUGUUGCUGUUUGUGCAGCAAUUGCGGAGAAACAGAAGACAGUUUCAGCUAAUAAGACAAUGGUUAUUGUUUCGGCCUCUGGGACUGUAGAGACGGUCACUGAGAAGGAAGAUGGUGUUACACCACCAGAUGGCUCUGUUUUUAUCAAAGCCCGAUAAAAGUAGCAGGAACCCUUUGAAUCUGGCUUUUUGAUUGCUCUUAAAGUUUGAGGCCUAGGGACAUCUACUGUGGAGAGACAGAAUAAAACUCCUGUUUGUAAAAUGAGUUCUGCAGAUGAGGCGUAUAAAAAAUAAAUGGUAGAAUUAUUGUAUAGUGUUUGGGCUGUGCUUUGAUAAGUUACGAUUUAAACUUCUUAAGGUUAGAAUUGUGAGUACAGUGAGUACAGAGUUUUGAUUAAUAAACUUAAAAAAAUAAUCCAAAAAUGUAAGUGAACGCAUUUUAAAGACACAACUUGAAAAGUGAAUUCUCUAAUAGUGAAUAACUUGAUGGCCAGUGUUAUUAAAAUGUUGACUCGUUGGCUUUUGUUUCACGAUAAAGGAAGUUGGUGAUUUCUUUCCCUCCUAAUACUCCUGUUACUUACUAUUCAUUCUGUUUUUCUGGUUGCAUUAGAGGAAGUCUCCCAAAGCUCAAAUAUUUUUUGACAUUUAUUUUGAUUCAAAGUUGUCAUUUGGUUAUUUUUGGAAUCUUUGAAAGUUUGGCUGAAAAUGCAUGCAACUGUGUACAUUCUAAACAUUUUCUGGACUUUCUCUUCAUUCUGAUUUGUGCUUAUAUUUUGAAUUCAAAAUUAUUACAACAAUGGUAGUUGCCUUCUUCAGUAUUAGAUAUGUGAAAUACUGAUCAAUGUCACAAUGAUGGUUUUAUUGUUUUAGUUGUAAAAGUAGAUAGAGUAUUCCUUACCACAAGUGAGUCAUGUUUAAGAUGUGCAUUUUUGAAAAAUGCUUUUAUAGAUAUGUCAUAUCAAAUUGUACUGCUGCACUGGCCCAGUCGAAAGUAGUAUUUUCUUCUUAUUUUUAAAAGCUUAAAAACUCUGAAAAAAACUUACCUUUUGCUUUUAACGUUCCAGCUGAUGGUUUGGAAUUCUUUUUCUAGAUAACUUUUUUGGAACUACUCAAUUAAAUUACAAUUUUAAAUAGCUAAAUUAUGUCUUUCUAAAAAAGUAGGAAUGUGUAUGAGUGUCAGUGAAUGUAUAUAUCUUGGGCAUGACAUACAUAGGAACUGAAACAUGACUUAACAGUACAAUCCCAUGAGUGGAGAAGAAUAUAUUCAAAGAAAUAUUUCGUUGAAAGGCCACGAUCGCAUUCACAAAUCAAUACUGUCAUUGCUAAUAUGAGUUAUUUUUAUACCACAUAUAUUAUAGUACAAUUAUAUAGAACUACUGGGUCCUGUUACUUCUGACACUCAGGAAGCUAUUUUUGCUGUAAAAUUAAUUUUUUCCUUGUCAGAGAUGAAAGUAAGCUGUUUUAAAGAAUCUUACCUUAACCUGUUGGAGCAUGUAAGUAAUGGUCUACAUUUUUCUGAGAUGAUUUAAAAAAUGUUUCCUUUAGUGGAAUGCUUACCUCUUUUUUUUUUUUUUUUUCAGAGUGUUAUAUUUUCCCUCAAAGUUACAUCAGAAAGUUAGCUGUGGUUAGGUUAGUUUUAGAGUAAUUGAAAAACACAAAUAUUAGUUACAUUUUAUUUUGUUUAAUAAAGGAUAUUCUCACAGGGUAGAUACUUGAGUAUAUACAGAAGUGAGCAUUCACCCUUUGGUAUGUGGUUUUGAGAAGUGGGUUUUUGUUUAUCGUGUAAUUUGUGAAUAAAUAGUUUUUUCUGCACUGUAAA